GCGGAAGUUAGGAACGCAUCGCUAAGAGAUCGCGUAUGCCUGUAUUUUUUUUUAAUGUUUAUGGCGUGUUAAAAUUCAAUUGAGUAUAUUUAGAAGUGUUAUUUCGCCGUAGACUCAACCUCACAUUUCAUUACAGUCUCGCACUUUAAAGCUGCUCGGGCUAGCUUACCUUGUUAGCUGCUAACAAAGAGACGCAGAGAAAGUUAGCAACAAAUGCUAACUGUUAUCGUUUAAAAAAAAUGUGUCACGUCCAAAUGCUGAGAGCGUUGGUGAGUGAAAGAUUGACUGCGGUGGUGGAAGAAAUAUUUGUUGUAUUAGAAAGAACGAUAGCAGAGUACGAAGAAGAACUGUGUCGAACAAAAGAGGAUAACGAGCGGCAACGUCAACUAUUGGAUGCUGUUUUCAAGCCUCAAAUAGAAGACGUCCGUGAAAAAGAUCUGGUCCCUGAGCAGCGGGAGUGGAGCGCCAGGGUGGCGCAGAAGGAACCUUGGUGGCCCCACGUUAAAGAGGAGGAGCAAGUGGGGACUCAGGAGGAUGCUGACAUCCCCAAGUUCCCUGUGACUUGCGUGAUUGUGAAGAGUGAAGAUGACGAAGGUGAAGCUCAGUGGUCGCGGCCUGGUCACAGUCAAAGUGAAGAGACGAGAAGAUCCGAAGCCGACUGCUUCUUAGCUCCGCUAUCAGAUGGUGACGACAUAGUGUCACAUUCCCCUGACUCUAAAACUGAUAUGACGUGUCACACUUCCAACCAACACAUUAAAUUCUCUCAAUGCGACAAAAAGUUUGGCAGCAAAAGUAAUUUAAAAAAGCACAAGAGAGGCCACACUGACAACAAACGCUUGAAGUGUCCGGAAUGUGACAAAACGUUUCGCAGCAAGACUGAUUUGCAAAGACACGUGAGGAUCCACACCGGGGAAAAACCUUUCAGCUGCCCAUUUUGCGAUAAGAAAUUCUCCUUAAAGGGAAAUUUGAUGGCGCACCAGAGAACGCACACGGGAGGGGAAACUUUUUCCUGCACGUUGUGCAACAGAAGCUUUCGCGUCCAUUCAGCGCUGCGGAGGCACACAAGGACACACACCGGCGAAAAACCCUUUUCCUGCUCGCUCUGCGGGGAAAGAUUCUCUCAGAAAGGUCACAUGAUGAGACACGCAAGGACACACACUGGCGAGAAACCCUUCAGCUGCAACGUGUGCGAGAAAAAGUUCUCUGAAAAGUACAAUAUUAAGAAACACAAGUGUUCUUGUUGAAAUGAGGUAAACGUACAAAAGAAAACUG